AAUAGGCAGGCUGCAACCCACUGCAUUAGUUGACAAUUUGCUUGCAAGUAGAACGCAUCUUACAUCUAGCUUGCUUGUGUAUCAACAAACAAUAUUUACAGAUCCAAAAUGAAUUCCUUCUUGAUGGUCUGCUUGUUGGCGCUCGCGGCUGCCGUAGGCGCGGAACAGUACACGGACCGCUACGACAAUGUGGACUUGGAUGAGAUCCUUGCCAACCGCCGCCUGCUGGUGCCUUACCUCAACUGCAUCCUCGAUGAGGGCAAGUGCUCUCCCGACGGCAAGGAACUUAAAUCUCACAUCAAAGAAGCGUUGGAGAACAACUGCGAUAAAUGCACUGAAACCCAGAAAUCUGGCACCAGGAAAGUGAUCGGUCAUUUGAUCAACAAUGAGAAGGAGUACUGGGGCAAGCUGACCGCUAAAUACGACCCUGAACGCAAAUACGUCACCAAAUACGAGACCGAACUACGCAAAAUCGCCGCCUAAUUGACCAGUUGCAUCUGAUAAAAUGUUGUAAAUAUUUUCAAAAGUUCCCGUUUUCAAUAAAUUAUUUCGAUGAAUAAAGCAUUAUGAAAAGUU